CUCUCUUCAAUGCACAUCGCGAAACAUACAGCAACGCCAUCGCAGUUGGUAUGGGCAGCAUCACAGCCCUCUCAACAGCCGACCUUCCUUCGGAUGUCUACUAUCUCGCCCAGUUAACACCCACAAACCAUGGUGGCGUGGUCUGGGUGAUCUGCGUGCUCAGUCUGACGUACGCACUUCUCUGUAGUGGCAUUCGAUAUACUCUUCGUCGCGGCAUGUAUGGCUUCGACGAUGCUGCUUUGCUCGUCUCUACCAUUGCGUGCAUAGUCCAACAUGCAUUCGUAUUUCUCGCGCUGGAGAACGGCCUCGGGGUGUCUGUAUCCGGCAUUGCGCAGAAGCAUCACGAUGUGGUUGCCAAAAGUACCUAUACUAGACUUGUUCUAUUCUUCGUCGUUCACUACCUGGCCAAAAUGUCGUUGACUCUUUUCACUCGCCGUUUGUUCGACGGCCAAGAAAAGUACUAUUUACGAAUCUGCGACGCACUUCUGGUUUUGAACUUCAUCUUUGGGGUCGUCAGCAUCUUACUCAUGUCCAUCAGCUGCGAGUCCGGGUGGUAUUUCGCCACGAGAGACGUUUGUCCCGGUCUGUUCACCCGAUGGGUCGCUAUCAAAACGCUCGAUGUUGUGGGAGAGCUCGCUCUCGUUCUCGUUCCAAUACUCCUCAUUUGCAAGAUUCUGCUCAACUCCAAGCACAAAGCCGUCAUCGUUGCUACAUUCGCGGCCCGACUGCCAGUCAUUGCAUUCACCAUUGUCCACUUCUACUAUCUACGUAAAUCCUUCCAUAGCACCAAGGAUCGAGGGAUAUCACUGGUGCAACCGGUCGUAUGGCUUCAGGUUACCCUCUUAUGGUCAAUGGUUACAGCUUCUCUCCCAUCUUUCAGGCCGCUGAUAUCGCCAUUCGAUACCGUCAUGGAGGAUUCGUCCGAUCGAUCAGCUUCGGUGUUUACAGGCGCCGCACUUGUUUUAGGAACCGAAAAGGAAGAGUUUGCAGAUCCUGCUGCGACAUCUUGGUCGCGUCUCUCUCAACUGGAGCCCGUGGCUAGCGUGCCGAGUCGACACAGAGACUUCAAGGGUCAUAACGAGACCAUCAUCGAAGGACCAAAGAAGAAACUGUUCAGAUUGUCGAAGAAGGAAGACGAUAUCGAACUAGGCACAAUCCAACACACCAAAGACUUCGAGAUCAGAUAUGAAGAAGCCGCAAAACCUAGCCGAUGGAGCAAAGUUUGGCGAGAGUCUGGCUCUUCCUUCAUGGAGAAGGAAAACGACCCCGCGCCGGUAGAAGCAGUGGAAACUGCUGAUGAGACGUGAGCAACCCCAUGACUACCGAACUCGGAAAUACCAACAUAUUCUCCCAGGCCCGCUCCACGGAGACGCAGCACCUACGCUUUCAUCGACGAGGCCGACCUGAUC